GCUUAAUGCCGGGACCAGGACCAGGGGUUUUCCCGCUGUUAUGCCGGCAUACACGAGGUUGUAGUCGGGGAGUAGCGGAGUUACGCUAGACAGCGGAGUAACUUCUCCAUCUUGGACUGCAUUUAGCCGGAGUCCAUGUAUGGUGUGAAUCUCGAUGCCUUCGUUUAUUACCCUGCAACUUCCGCUCUUCUUACUUUCAAUAGCCUUUGCUUCACAUACCUUGUUACUUCUUUCCCAACAUCUUUACCACUAUGUCUCAGUCAAAACCAACCCUGCGAUGGGGCAUCAUCGGCACUGGUCUGAUCUCAUCGUGGUUCAUCCAGGAUCUCCUCAUCGAGAGAAAGAAUGCCCAAGCAACACAUCAUAUUCAAGCCAUUGGAUCUUCGUCCGUUGAAAAGGGGACCAAGUUUGUUGAGACACAUAUGCCAGGACAAACUCAGCUUCCAUCCAUCUAUGGAAGCUAUGAGCAAGCUUACCAAGACCCUAACGUUGAUAUCAUCUACAUCGGAACUCCCCACGGCUUCCACAAGGAGAACUGCCUCGAUGCAAUUUCGCACGGAAAGCAUGUUCUCUGCGAGAAAGCAUUCACACUUAACGCCAGGGAAGCGAGAGAAGUCUUCGAUGCAGCGAAGCAAAAGGGUGUGUUUAUCAUGGAAGCCAUGUGGACCCGUUUCUUCCCGCUGGUUAAAUCUCUCCAGAAGGUCAUCCACGAGGACAAGGCUAUAGGCGAUGUUGUUCGUGUAUUUGCAGACUUUGCCAUGAACCAGAACAUCGAGUCCAAGGGUCCUGAUUCACGACUAAAAGACCUGUCCCUUGGUGCUGGCAGCUUGCUAGAUAUUGGCAUCUACAGCCUGACAUGGGGCCUUGUGACUCUCGACCCAGGUGUAGGCGAAAAGGCCACUACGCCCAAGAUCACUGCCGCUCAAACCCUCGUCGACGGCGUUGAUCUCGGUACUUCCAUCAUUCUCUUAUACCCCGAUGGAAAGCAGGGAAUCUUGACCUCCAACUCAAAGGUCAAAACCCCAGAAGCUUUCUGCCGCAUAGAAGGCACCAAAGGAUAUAUCAUUGUAGAAGGCUUUGCAGGUUCAGUCCCUGCAUCAUUCACUGUGUACAAGGAUGGAGAGACUGAGGGGGGAAAAUACGAGUUUGAGAGACCUGGGAAGGGAUUUUACUGGGAAGCUGAUGCGGUGGCUCUGGAUAUUGCUGCUGGUAAGGUUGAGAGCGAUACUAUGCCAUGGGCUGAGACUAUUCGUGUCAUGGAGAUUAUGGAUGAGGUUAGAAGACAAGGCGGGGCCAAGUUCCCUCAGGACUAGAUAGAUAUCAUAUAUGUAUUCAUUAUUAACUCAAGUAAAGAAUGUCAUAAGUUAUGCCCAGG